ACUGUUUUUAGUUCGCGUUCCCGUUUCUCGCUUAAAUUUGUUGUGUAAAACAGUAAUAAACUAGUUCAAAUAUUGCAAAUUUGGAACCAGUCCUAAUCGACAACCAAAGUUGCUGCGGCAGAUGGUUAGUGCUGUGCUAGUAGGGGAUUUUUCAACCGCUUUUCUGCUCUGCUUUGAACGUAUACGGAUGCUGCUUUAAGACGUUUCAUUUCCAUUUCACUUCACGGCAGCAAAGCUAGAUUCGAUGCAUUGAGACAAUCUGAUAGAGAGCAUUACCUACCAAGAUGUCUGAUGAACAAAAUGUAAAAUCUUUGCUGGAAAUAACUGGCUUAAAGCCAGAGCAGGCAGCUGCACUGUUGUCCGCCUAUAAUGGAAAUUUAGAGGGCGCGAUUAAUGCAUUCUUUGAAAAUCCAGAGGGCAUCCUCAAUCCAGAACCGCCGGUUGUUGUAGAGGACGAAGAAGAAACUGUUCGCGCCCCAAUACCACGGAAAACUGAGAUCCUAUUACCGCCGUCAGAGACUACUCGGGGAAGAUUGAAACGUCGUGGAGCAACGAUUACUGAAGUUCCCUUUCGAAACUUUGAACUUGAAGGCAGAUUGCAAGAACAGAUGCUUAUGCAAGGAGAAAGUUCUUCGUCGAAAAAAAUCACCCGAUUGGAAGCUCUGUUUAUGCCGCCAUUUGAAAUUCUGUUCUCUGGCAACUUUGAUAUGGCCCAAAGGCACGGCAAAAGCGUUGACAAGUGGAUUUUGGUUAAUUUGCAGGAUGAUUUAAAUUUUAAUUGUCAAACAUUGAACAGAGACCUGUGGUCUGAUUCUAGUUUAAAAGACUUUCUCAGAAAUCAUCUCAUAUUUUGGCAAACUUCUAAUAAAACAACGGACGGUGCUAAAUUCAAAACUUUUUAUAAGGUUAAUAGCGAACCGUAUAUUGGAAUGAUUGACCCUCGAACAGGCGAAGAAGUGGAAAAGUUUCCCACCUGUGACCUAGAACCGGUCAAAUUUCUAGCAACGUUGAAAAACUUUUUGGUAGACAACAAAUCACCAAAUGGGAAGGAAGUAUCUUUCAUCGAUUCCAACAUCAUGCGCCCGUCGAGUUCGCAUCAACCAAUUGGAAACUCAAAUGGCUCCAAACCAUCUGCAUCCAAUAAGCCUAUCUGGGUUCAAGAAGAUGAGGAAGAAUUCCAGGAAAUAACCGAUAGCGACAGCGAAUUUGAACCAGAAACGCCAACGUCAAAAAUCUCUUCUAAACAAGCAACUAUUCCAACCGAAACCCCAAGUUCUCCGGUGCUCAGUUCCGAUGACGAAACGUCGCUUGCGCCGACGGAGAAAACGCGAAUCAUGUUAAAAAUGCCAGGUGAUGCUACCGAACGACUCUUCUUCCGAAGCACACGAACGCUGGACCAUACCAAGGCAAAAUUGAUGUGUAAGUUUGCAGAACGCUUUGCAGAUCAGAAAGGGAAACCGAUUCGUUUCUUCUGCCCGGCUAUCAAAACCGAUCUGGCAUCGUUAGAUGGUAGCCGAACACUGCUAGAUUUGAAGAUCCACCCGAAUGCUGUGAUUCACGUGACGGUUGACGAUUAGAACAGAAGAAACAAAGAUUUACAUUGCUGUAUUCGUAAAUAAACCUGAAACUCCGCACUUAGAGAAUAAGUUUUAGUUUUCGAUCGAAUAAAUUAUUG